CCAAUUCCCCGUAAACAGAUACAAACAAACACAAUAAUUUUCUUUAGCUCAACAACUACUUCCAUUCUCCAAAUUUCUUUCUGAAUCUAUUUGCAAGCAACUACUUCAACAACUCAAUUAUAGCAAUGGAAUUACGUCCAUUAGACAUCAAAGUAAUCUCCGCAGAGAACAUCAAGAAUGUCAAUACUUUCUCCAAAAUGGAUGUUUAUGCAGAAGUCUCCAUUUCCAGCUACUCCAUCAAGUCCCAUAAGCAGAAAACCUUUAUCGACAAGAACAGUGGCACAAACCCCAAGUGGAAUCACUCCAUGAAAUUCACUCUUGAUGAAUCUUCCCUUACAACACCAGGGCUUUACUUAGUCAUUCGUCUCAAAUCUGAACGCACUUUAGGUGACAAAGAAAUCGGUGAAGUCUCUGUUCCUAUUAAUGACCUGUUUAAUCAGUCUAUUUCUAAUGGAAGCACAGCUGAGAGGUUUGUUGAGUAUCCAGUUAUAACAGAAAGCGGAAAACCAAAGGGUACCCUGAAAUUGUCUUACAAGUUUGGUGAAAAAUUUACAGCACCUGAGCCAAAAAGAGAUGUGUAUCAGGAGCCUGUUACAGCUUAUCCUGCACCAAUGCAUGGUAAUUCAUAUCCUGGAAUGGCUUAUAAUCAGCAAAAUCCAGGAUACGGAUAUCCUCCUGCUCAUCAAGGUGGGUACCCACCAGCUGGGUAUCCCCCACAAGCCGGUGCACCGGGUUAUGGAUAUCCGCCACAACGACCAGGGUACGGGUAUCCACCCGUACAACAACCUGGAUACGGAUAUCCACCGGUGCAACCACCUAAGAGGAAGAACAAGUUAGGAGGUGGAUUAGGGUUAGGGUUGGGUGCAGGAUUGCUUGGUGGUUUGUUGGUUGGUGAUAUGGUUUCGGAUGUUGGAGAGAUGUCUGCUUAUGGUGAUGGAUAUGGAGAUGCCAUGGGUGAUGGCUUUGAUUUUUAGUUUGAUUUUCUAAGUUUGUAAAUUUACUUUGUUUCUUCAUCUUUUGAGAUGUAAUAAUCUUGGAACUUCGGUAGAUUUUGGAGGAUUUUUUUUUUUAUGUUUAGAUCUUGUAUUGCAGAGUCACUGACUACUUCUUGCUUGGAUGUUCUAACUGAAUAUGCUUUUUGUUCCUAA